CGUCUCUCUUCUCUUAAGUCUUAUCUAUAAAAUAAGAAAGAAAGGAAGCUCAACCUCUCACAAACUCACACCACAUCCAUCUUUGCCUUCUGCAUGUUGGUUCUCUGUAAACAGAUACUGCAAAAGAAGAAUAAUAUUGAAUAUUUGGUUGGGUUGAAUCCCUGGGUUGAAGCGUUGCAGACAUCACGGCUAUUCUAAGAGUGUCUCGCUCUCUCAUUCAUGUCCCAACUGUACGACGGAGGACAGGUUGCGUAACUGCCACCAACCCUUCGCCGCACGGUGGGCGUGGUGCUUUGCCUUCUGAAGGUGGUAGCCCUUCAGACUUGCUCUUCUUAGCUGGUGGUGGUUCUGCUGUCUUCUAGCUUCUUCUUAACUCUUUUUUCUUUUUACUACUUUUAAGCUACCUUGUUUUCAAAAUAACAAAAACAAACACUUUCUUACUUCAUAAGAUCACCUUUUCUUCAUCUUCUACUUCUCCUUCACUAAAAUGAUGCUCAAAAUCAAGAGGGUUCCCACUGUCGUUUCCAACUUCCAAAAAGACGACGCUGCAGACUCUCCUCGUCCCGUCGGAGGUUGUGGUCGGAAUUGCCUCAAAGCUUGUUGCAUUCCAGAUGCAAAGCUGCCUUUGUAUGGUUUCAAGAAGGCUAAUAUUGGGAAGGAUUUGGCCCUGCAUGCAUGCGCCGGGGAGCCUCCCCUCGCAUUCCUCGACUCUCUUCUUCUUGGAGAGUGGGAAGAUCGCAUGCAGAGAGGACUUUUUCGCUAUGAUGUUACCGCCUGUGAAACCAAGGUGAUUCCUGGUGAAUAUGGUUUCGUUGCCCAGCUUAACGAGGGUCGUCACCUCAAGAAGAGGCCAACUGAGUUCCGAGUUGAUAAGGUCCUUCAACCCUUUGAUGAAAACAAAUUCAACUUUACCAAAGUCGGGCAAGAAGAGGUCCUCUUCCAAUUUGAAGCUAGCGAGGAUGGACAAGUCCAGUUCUUUCCAAAUGCUCCAGUUGAUGUUGACAAUUCUCCCAGCUUUGUUGCCAUCAAUGUCAGUCCUAUUGAGUAUGGGCAUGUUUUGCUGAUUCCGCGCAUAUUUGAGUGUUUGCCUCAAAGGAUUGACCGUGAGAGCUUCCUCCUUGCACUUCAGAUGGCAGUGGAAGCCGAUAAUCCUUAUUUUCGAUUGGGUUACAACAGCUUGGGUGCUUUUGCAACUAUCAACCAUCUUCACUUCCAGGCUUAUUAUUUGGCUCUGCCCUUCCCAAUUGAGAAGGCCCCCACUAAGAGAAUUGCAAGUGUAAAUGGUGGGGUGAAGAUAUCUGAACUGUUGAAGUAUCCGGUUAGAGGCUUUGUCUUUGAGGGCGGCGAAAUGCUGGAAGAUCUAUCAAACGUUGUUUCAGAUGCAUGUAUAUGUCUUCAGAACAACAACAUACCUUUCAAUGUUCUUAUCUCUGACUGUGGAAAGCAAGUGUAUCUGUUACCACAGUGUUAUGCAGAGAAACAAGCUCUUGGAGAAGUGAAUGCUGAGCUUCUUGACACCCAAGUGAAUCCUGCUGUGUGGGAAAUUAGUGGACACAUGGUUUUAAAGAGGAGGAAGGAUUAUGAUGAGGCGUCUGAAGGCAAUGCUUGGAGGCUUCUUGCUGAGGUGUCCCUUUCUCAAGAGAGGUUUCAAGAAGUCAAUGAUCUUGUUUUUGAAGCCAUUGGCUGUGGUGAAUUGGAGGAUGUCAAUGUUCAAAGUGUCAAAAAAGAAGUUGAUGCAGUCAGCACAAGCGAACACCCUACUGUGGUGGUGGUGGCUGGUUCACAAGAAUGUGUGGUUCUACAGUAACAAGGCUCUUGUAUUUUGAACAAAUUCAGAAAAUCUGCAGUGUUUUAAGAAUAAUUGCUGAAAUGUGUCACCGUUUAAGUCAUACUAUUGCCUUGUGCUUGAGCCUUAUGGUCGUGUGUGUUGAAUGUAUAUGCUUUUAUCUGCCUUUAUGACACUUUCAUGUGAAAGUACGAUAUAAUAACUGCUCAGCUGAGUAGUGUUGUUGGUAUUUUGGGGUCUGAUGUAUCAUAAUGCUUGACUUGACUGUCUAUCGUGGCUUUCAUGCUGCGAGAAAUAAUAAAUUCAGGUAACUGUUUGUCCUUGUAGUUGUAGUUCUUAAGGAUGAAAGUUUUCACUUGCUGUAUUUCUGGCUUCACUUUGUAAUAAAUGUUAUGUUUGUAUAUUAGUAAACGUUAAGGGUUAAGAA